AAUUGACAGUUGACAUCAAACUAAAUUCGAAUCGGCAGCGAAACGUCUUUCGCCUCACUUUGAUUGUUCUCAUUCGGUAUAUUUCUGGUUGAGAAGGGGAAAAUAAGUUUCAUAAAAAAAAUCAACAAAUUUGCAUGUUGAAAUACAUAAUUAUCUUUUAAAAAUGAAAAUUCCGACACUGCCGCAAGUUUUAUUUGACGAAUUUCCAUCGGAUGAUAGUACAAAAGUAUGCAUUUUCACCCAGCCCCAGCAUCCAGUUCCAGAUCUUUCUAAAUCGGUGGGAAAAACGUUGUUAUUUUGCACAGAAGUAACAACUUUUUUCAUGGCCUCAUUUUCAAAGAAAUUGCCAUUGGAACUAUUUCGGCUGCUGCCAGAGGGGCCAAAUCAAUGGAUGAAAUUUGAGAAAUCAACGAUCGAUGGUCUGGAUACGCCGUUUGCCAUUGCCUGCCUGCCAACUGAAAGUGUCAGUGGUUCGGUGAUGCUUUUGAUAUUUACAUUAGAUAAACCCGAUGAGCUCAUUAUGUAUACUGGUGCGUUUAAAGACUGUCGCACAGUUUUGCUAUCCGACAUGCUAUUGAAGUACAAAAGAAAAAUCCACGAUAUUUAUAUUGAUAACACAAUGGCCGGUUCGUUGCACUUUGAUAUAGCUCAGGAUAAUCGAGCAUGUGAUGAUAUAAAGGAAAUCAUUGAAAAAUAUCCCGAUUACAUCAUUCAUCUACAAACCGGAAUGUUUGAUUCAUUAGAUUUGCUGGUCAAUUUAGCUCGUCGACACCGCCUCAAUGUCAAACUUUCAGAGUUACAACAAACUUUCUUCUAUCGCACUCAGUACAAAGAUUUAUUUGAACUUGAUGCCAAAUUAUUUAUUUCACGCGGGAAAAAUAUCAACGCAAAUUUUCAAUUCAAAGAUCGUCCCAAGGUUUAUGUUAGAAGUGCCAAAAUUUUCGAUUUGGACACAUACAAAAGAUUGUUCGAAGAGAAAAAAACUAUCAACAUCCGAUUGAUACCUAGUACCCAACGAACAUAUACCAAUUUUGAUGGGUUAUUUUUUGUUGAAUAUUCAUCGCAUGCAUCCACAUACUUAUUGUCAGAAAUAUUUGAUAUCGUCAAACCGAAGCGUGUAUACCCGAUGAUUGUGGAAGAUGAACUUUAUGGUAAUUUUUGUUCAACCAUUCCCGACAGCAUUCUUAAUGACGGUUGCAAAAUUGUCAAUGGCUCAAAAACAGCGCGUAUUCUUCCUGAUGUAACUUUAGGUGAUAUAAAUCCUAAAAAUUCGAAAGAUCGCCCAAAUCGUUCAUUCCUCGACACGUCCACACUCGAGUCAAAUUCGUCAUCGGACGAUCUAUUGAUAGAAUCGGAAGAAGUUGCGACGAUUUCGAAUGCUCCAGUCAACGUUGUGCCGGUAGCAGAAACUUCAAAUAAUGUGAACCAAUCACCUGAAGAUGAUGUUGUGUUUGUUAACGAUGAAAGUGAUGAAGACAUUGUGGUGAUCGAUAGCGAUAGCGAUUCGGGUUGCUUAGAAACGAUACCGCCCAGAGCGAACAAGAGACCUUCAAAUACCUUUCCAGAGCCGAUCAACAACUCCUCAAAGAUUUUCAGAACAAAUAACUCGUAUACCACGGUUAAUCGUCGUCUCAGUAUACAGCCGGAACCAAUUGAAUAUGACGAUGAUAGUCUCAGUACGGACUCGGAAUUUAGACUCGUCUUUCCUGACUGAUAUCAAAUGCAAGCUGAUUAUAAAAUCAAAGUACUGUGAUUUUCCGAGCGCACAUCAACGUUCAAAGAACAUUUUUCAUUCAUUUUCAAUCAGUUCAAACAUCAUCUUCACAAAGAUAUAAGUAUACAAGUAUAGAAUUUCACCAAAGACUGCAAUUGUAAUUCUUUCGCAUUUUGUUAGCAAAACAUAUUUAAGAGGGAAACUAUUUCAUGUAUUUUUUAGAAUAAAUAGAAAAGAGUGGGGUAAUUACCAAAAAGGAAAAUUCAGUAAAAAAUGUAAAAUAUCCAGAAAACUUUUGUUUUCUAUGUGAAUUUUGAAAAUUUGAUUGCAUUUUUUUUGGUUUAUUAUUUCAUGAAUGACGAUAAAUCAUCAAAUAAACCGGCAUAAGAAAAGUUAAAA